AUGCCGUGCGGCUUGGCCCUAGUCAGAAUAUCGGGCUGCCGUAAGGAAGAGGCUAUAAUAGAAGAUGACUGGAUUUUCAUUUUUGUAACGUUUGGGGGAGAACUGCAUUGUGGUCUGCAGGGGUUUGGGGUGAGUUAUUUCUCUUUGAUUUCCUUGUCAGGUCGUUGUGAAGCUAUGCGAAUGCUCAUGGCUGACCAGGGAGCUCAAUGGAAGGAGGAAGUCGUAACGUCUGAUGACUGGCAGAAGGGGGAUCUGAAGAAAGCUGCGGUGUAUGGCCAACUUCCAGGAUUUAAAGAUGGAGACUUCACUCUGUAUCAGUCCAAUGCCAUGUUGCGCCUUCUUGCCAGGAAUCAUGAUCUGUAUGGGAAAAAUCCUCGUGAGGCAAGCCUCAUAGACAUGGUUAAUGACGGAGUGGAAGAUCUUCGGCAUAAGUAUUUGAAGAUGAUCUAUCAGAACUAUGAGAAUGGAAAAGAUGAUUACGUUAAGGCUCUGCCCACUGACCUUGGUCACUUUGAACGUCUGCUUGCCUCUAACAAUGAGGGGAAGGGGUUUGUGGUAGGAGCUCAUAUUUCCUUUGCCGAUUACAACCUGGUGGAUCUUCUGCACAACCAUCUUGUUCUGGCACCAGACUGCCUUUCAGGCUUCCCACUCCUCUGUGCCUAUGUCAAACGCAUUAGUAGCCGUCCCAAGCUUGAAGCAUAUCUCUCCAGUGAUGCCCACAAGAAGAGACCAAUCAAUGGCAAUGGCAAGCAGUGAGCAU